AUGACGAGCCUGGCGGCGUCGUCCCCUCCGCAAUCGCCUUCACUCUACACGAUGAGCCCCACCCACUCCCACCACGACGCCGACGGGGUUUCCAUCGUCGGAUCCUCCCCUGGCGCAUCCCCUUUGCACCCCAACUACCACCACCACCGCUACGCUAGCUCCCCUAUCCAACAUUUCCGCGAUUCCUCCGCCUCCUCUUGGCGCAAGAUCCACAACCACCAUCAGCACGCACACUAUCACCACGGUGCCGCCUCCUCCGAUUGCUCCGAGUCAGAUGACGACGACGAUGACGGAGACGGCGGCGUCGGCGGAGGCGGAGACCCCCUACCGGUUCACUGCUACGCGGCCUGGUUCGCCCUGGGAUCCAUCCUCCUCUUUACCCUCUUCUCCCUCGUACUCUGGGGCGCCAGCAAGUCCUACAAGCCCGCGGUUUUCGUCAAGGUCCGAACCACCCCGAGUCAAUCCCUAGUCGCAUCGGAACACUUCGCCCCGUCACUACACACUGUCUUCUUCUCCGUUUUGCAGGGCGUGGUGUUCCAGAGCUACCAUCUCCAAGCGGGAACGGACGUCACCGGGGUGUCCACCAAGAUGCUCUCCAUCAACUCGACGGUCAGCAUUGCGUUUCGUAAUCAGGCCACGUUCUUUAGCGUCCACACGUCAUCCACGCCCCUGGUGAUGUACUAUUCGGAGCUCAAGAUCGCCUCCGGAUACAUGGAGGAGUUCAAUCUGUCCCGAAAGCGCGGGCGCGUGGUGGUCGUGGCGGUAGGCGGCAGACAGAUGCCGCUCUAUGGCGGGGGCUCGAGCCUGGAAAGCCAGGCCGAGGAAGGCGGCGCCCCCACGGUGGUGCCGCUGGAGCUAUCCUUCACGGUCCGGUCACGGGCGCACCUCCUCGGUCACCUGGUCACGUCCGAGUUCUACCGCCAUGUUCGGUGCUCCCUCGCCCUCCGCGAGGAACGCCUCGGCGAGCCCCUCGACCUCGCCGACGACUGCCAGUACGGUGACGGGUGA